AUGGUAGAGGGUAGACCUUUACUUGAGAGCAACGGCUCCCAGACCAGAUACGAUAUGGCGAAGAAUAUGGAGGGUCAGAAGAGGAAGAAGGUGUUGGUUGUGGGUGCUGGUGCGGCGGGCAUGUCCUGCGCCCACCAUCUCGCGAACCACCCCGAUAAAUUCGAUGUCACCGUCGUGGAGGCUGUCAACUACUGCGGUGGCCAAGCAUACUCGAUCCCAUUGGAUAAGCAAAAGACGGGAGCAUCAUGGCUGAACCAGGGUGUACAAGGAGGCUCAUACAUCUUCCACCACACCAUGACUAUGUUCGCGAGAAACGGCUUCUGGGCAGAUCCUGUCAAGCUUCAGGUGUCUUUCGGUAAAGAUGAGAUGUUCUGGUCGAACGUAUACCCGACGAAGCUCUUGGAGAAGCAUGCGAGCGAGGUCAAGAGGUUCUUCUAUAUGCUGAAGAUUGUGCGUACUUUUGAGCUCCUCUUUGCGCUCCUGCCGAUAAAGUACUUGGUUAAGUUGUUUUGGUUUUCGACGGAGUUCGCGAAUGCUGUGGCUCUGCCUAUGAUUGCGCUCUUCCUGGGUACGGGGAACUAUGCGCCAGAGGUACCAACUAUUAUGCUGGACCGGCUCUGCACAAGUCCGACGUAUGGAAUGUGGUACCCUCCGGACAAGAACAGUAUUGCCUCGAAUCAGCCACCCAUGAUCGUCUUUCCAAACCUGAGCGACUUCUACGAGACUUGGCGCAAGAACCUGAUCAAGGCUGGUGUGAAGGUCCGUUUGUCCACUGAAGUGACUCGCAUCACCCGGCGUGACAAGAACGGCGUCACAGUCAAGAUCAUUGGCCGAACACCAGCAGAGGACAACCACAACAAAAACUCUGCAUGGGCACAGCCAGAUAUUGAGGGCUCCAAGGCUGAUGCUGACGCCGUGGAGACCACUGAGGAGUAUGAUGAGAUCGUCCUCUGUGUGCUCACAGACACCGCCAAGCGCCUGCUGAAGGAAACCAUCACCGGUGUCGAAUCUCGCGUGCUCGGCUCUGCCAAGUUCGCCAACGAUAUCACAGUCACCCACCAAGAUCACGAAUACAUGAAGAAGCACUACGAGAACUUCUACAGCGACAAGCUGGCCGUGUCUAGCAUCAACGGCGUCAACAUGCAAGAACGCACAGACUGGGCCAAGGACAACUUCAAGGCCAUGUACCUCAUCCGCAUGUAUCCCGAAGACCUCACAAAGCUCGAAAUGUGCUUCGACUGCACCAAUUACCAAGCUCAAUUCCCACCCGACGUCCCCUUCGAGAACCACGUCUUUCAGACCAUUUUCCUCAACAAAGAACGCGACGGCAAGAUCUGGACCAUCGACGAAAUCGACGAGAAGAAGAUUAUCCGCAAGGACUGGUGGCAUCAACUCUGCCACUCGUGGACUCACUACCUCUUCGUCGUACCCUGGAUGUGGCUGCUCCAAGGCAAGCGUCACACCCGCUACGCUGCGUCCUGGACUCUCGUCAACGCCCACGAGGUCGCUUGUAUCUCUGGAAUCAGCGCUGCGGUGGAUCUUGGCGCGGACUACCCUGAUGAUCUGGAGAGGGACAAGUUCUCGUUCUUGGCGUUUAGACUGUACUAUUUGCUUGUCUAUGGACGCUGGUAUAGCAGGAAGGCGACGAAGAAGAGUAGGGAGGGCGAGGGCGCGCAGUGGGCUACUGGUAACAAGUAUGGGAGCACUUAUAUGGGUCCGGGUGUGCAGACGAAGGUUGAUAGGAAAAUUUGGAGGGAUGAGUUGGCGGCUGGAAGGAGUACGGAGAGUUUUUAUGAGGCGAGGUAG